CAUCCCAGACCCACCCCCCCCUUUCCAGCCCGAGGGGAGGGAGCCUUAACUAAUGGCCUAUGUAAACUGAUGCCCAUGCAGUAAGAGUUUGGAGAAGUGCUGCUUGUACAAGUUAAAGCAGGCACUGAAGAAAGACCAAGCAAAUAAAAACCAGCUGCAGGAGCAAAGUUGACUCUUCUGAAAUUGAAAGACCAUGUCCUUCUCUACCAGAGUUUUGACGAUGAAAUGCAAGCAGACGAUUGAAUCAGAGAGGAUGUACUUCCAGCGGGCGCUUUUUGCCAGCAGCAGGUUUCCCGGGCUGCCCAAGCUGUGCAGCAGCCUGGCUGUGCGGAACAGCCCGCGGGAAGAGGUGGCGAACAAAGGUGAGGGGAGCGGAACGGAGCUGCUGGAGCCCCCUCGGCACCGCCUGGGCAGGGUGAAGAGCCUGCACGAAAUGCCCGGACCCAGCACCCUCUACAACCUCUACGAGUUCUUCUGGAAGGACGGCUUCGGCCGCAUUCAUGAAAUCCAGCAAAAACACACUCAAGAAUACGGAAAGAUCUUCAAGUCUCACUUUGGUCCCCAGUUCGUUGUAUCCAUUGCAGAUCGAGACAUGGUUGCUCAAGUCCUGCGAGCAGAAGGUAGAGCACCACAAAGAGCUAACAUGGAAUCCUGGCAGGAGUACAGGGAUUUACGAGGGAGAGCCACAGGGCUUAUUUCUGCGGAGGGGGAGCAAUGGCUAAAAAUGAGAAGUGUCCUGAGGCAAAAAAUUCUGAAACCCGAAGAUGUGGCUUUUUACUCUGAAGGAGUCAAUGAAGUUAUCAAAGACUUAAUUAAAAGAAUCCACACCCUCAGAAGUCAAGAGGAGGAUGGGGAAACAAUAACCAAUGUUAACAAACUUUUCUUCAAGUACGCGAUGGAAGGUGUGGCGACUAUUCUGUAUGAAUGCCGUCUGGGCUGCCUAGAAAACAACAUCCCACAGCAGACUGUUGAAUAUAUUGAGGCUCUGGAGUUGAUGUUUAAUAUGUUUAAGAUCACUAUGUAUGCAGGUGCUAUGCCCAAGUGGCUUCGUCCUCUUAUUCCAAAACCCUGGAGAGAGUUCUGCAGAUCCUGGGAUGGACUCUUCAAAUUUAGUCAAAUCCAUGUUAACAACAAAUUGAAGGCCAUUCAGUCUCAGCUGGACCAAGGAAAACUAGUGAAUGGUGGGCUACUUACAUACCUCCUAGUGAGUAAGGAACUUACUUUGGAAGAGAUCUAUGCCAAUAUGACUGAAAUGCUUCUGGCAGGAGUGGACACAACUUCUUUUACUUUGUCCUGGGCAACAUACUUGUUGGCAAAGCACCCUGAUGUUCAGCAAUGUGUUUAUGAGGAAAUAGUCAGCAAGCUGGGCAAAGAUCAAAUUCCUGUUGCUCACGAUGUCCAGAAAUUGCCUUGGAUUAGAGCUGUGCUGAAAGAAACAUUGCGGUUAUAUCCAGUAUUGCCAGGAAAUGGAAGAGUGACCCAAAAAGACUUGAUCAUUGGAGGAUACUUUAUACCUAAAGGGACGCAGCUGGCACUUUGUCAUUACACUACUUCAUACAGCGAAGAAUAUUUCUCAAUGGCGAAUGAGUUCCGACCCCAGCGCUGGCUGAGGAAAGAUAACCUGGACAGAGUAGACAACUUUGGUUCCAUCCCCUUUGGCUAUGGCAUUCGGAGCUGUAUAGGGAAAAGAAUUGCAGAGCUGGAAAUUCAUCUUGCACUGAUUCAGUUACUUCAGAAUUUUGAGAUCAAAAUUUCUCCAAAAACUGAACCAGUUCAUGCCAAAACCCAUGGACUUUUGAUUCCUGGAAGCUCCAUCAAUAUGAGAUUUUCUGACAGAAAGUGAGACUCGGAUAUUUUGGAAAUACUUACACAAUUUUCAUAGAAACAGACUUGCAUCUUAGGGAUGUCUAAAUAUGCUUGUUGUCUGGUUUGUAGGUAUUUGGCAAAAUGAUGAAGUAUUAAGUUUUGCCUUAGUUGUAGCAGUAUGUAAGAGAAAUUAUCUCUCCUAUAAUAGUUAUUUACGCAUAUGGAAAUAUAUACUGAAAAAAUUCCUCCUUGCACCAGGAAUCUCCUCCUACCUGGAAAGACUUCUAGUAAUAACACAUGCAUU